AUGGGUAAACUCGAUGGAAAAGUUGCUCUCAUUACAGGUGGCUCUAAGGGUAUUGGCCUGGCUACUGCCCAACGGUUCAUUGCCGAAGGUGCAGAACAUGUCUUCAUUACUGGUCGAGGACAAGAAGCACUUGACGAAGCUGUCAAAACAAUCGGUACGAAGAAUGUGACUGCAGUGCAGUGUGAUGCAUCUAAUAUGGCUGAUCUCGACAAGCUAUACAAUGUGAUUCAGAAAGAGAAGGGUCGUUUAGAUGUUCUCUUUGCCAAUGCAGGUACUGGCUCGACUAAACCACUGGGUUCAAUCACUGAAAAAGAGUUUGAUGAUACAUUUAACGUACAUGUGAAAGGAGUAUUAUUUACCGUUCAAAAAGCUUUGCCAUUAUUUGCAGACGGAGGAUCAAUCAUCUUGAAUGCAUCUAUAUGCACCGUCAAAGGAAUUCCAGGUAUGAGCGUUUACAGUGCCGCAAAGGCCGCCCUUCGCUCUUUCGCUCGUUGUUGGACAGUUGACUUAAAGGAGCGAAAGAUUCGAGUGAAUACUUUGAGCCCAGGACCGAUCGACACGCCUGAAACAAGACGCUUAAAAAGCAGUGUACCAGAAAUCGAAAAAUUGGUCUCCAAUAUAUUAGAUGCUACGGUGAUGAAGCGCGUUGGCACACCUGAUGAAGUUGCAAAAGCUGCAGUUUUUCUCGCUUCUGACGACAGUAGUUAUGUAACGGGUAUCGAACUUUUUGUUGAUGGAGGCAUGGCACAAGUCUAA